AUGGACCCAUAAGCAUAAGUACCUACAAGAACAGUUGUUGAAUUACCAACCUUCACUAUAGUUGGUUUGGUGAGGAAUAUCAUCUAAAAAGAAGAAUAAGAUCCAAAAACAGGAUAGAUUGGAAAGGCUUAUGAAGAAUAUUUUGAUAAGUAGAUCCAUGAUAAAAUUCCACAUCGUUUAUACCCAAAAAGAACUUAUUGUAUGUAUUAUGAAUACUAAAAUGCUGAUAACCAAGAAGAAAUCAGAUAUAAAAUGGUCUUAGGAGAAAUGGUAAGUCAAGUCACUGAUAUACCAGAAGGACUAGUAGCUGUAAAAGUGCCUGCUCAUCAUUUCUGUCGUUUUGAUUGUGGGCCAGGUCCUAUUCCAAAAGUUGUGAUUGAUGCUUGGUAAUCAUUACCAAAUUUAACCUCUGAAGAAUUUGGUGGAGUAAGAUCACAUGAUUUUGACUUCGAAGUAUAUCCAGAAGAUAUAAAUCUAAAGGAGAACAUCAAAUUUGAAUUAUUCAUUGGUAUAUAAAAAUGA